AGUAAUUUUUGUAAAAUAUUAAAAACUCAAUUUUAAAUAAUAAAGGGUUUUAUGUUUGUGAUACUCAACAAAAUGUUAAUUCAACAAUAAAAGAAAAGCAAAUAUUACGCAACAAAAAUGGAACAAAAGCAAUCUUUUCUAUGUAGAAUAUGCCUCAAAGUUGGGGCAACACACCCUAUAUUUGAAGGUGAUGGGGAAAGCUGUGUUUUGAAUAAACUUAAAAUGUGUUUAAAUGAAAAGCUAGAAGAUAUAGAUGGUUAUCCAAGGAACAUUUGCAUGGAAUGUAAUGAAAUUUUAGAUACAUUAUGCAGUUUUGUUAAAAAGUUUAAAAGUACAAACACAAUUUUACAAAAUGGUUUAUGCAUAAAACGCAUUAAGAAAGAACCAGAAGAAUGUAACAGAAGUGAAGAAGACUUGUAUAAUGUAGAAAUUAAACUAGAAGAUGUGAAAUAUGAGCUAGAAAGUGGUAAAGAUUCAGAUUUUAGCGACAAUGACAAUAUCAGUUACGAACCCCCGAAACCACUUACCUCAAAAAAAAGGCCUGUGAAAUCAAAAUCAUUAGUAGAUAGUAAAAAUGAGCCAAAAAAUAAAAUAUCUAAAUCUAGUUGCUCAAGAGAAACCAAGAACACUAAUAAAACAACCAGUAAAGAAACAAAGUGUAGUCAAAAAAAGACAGUGGUAAAGUCACAUGAAGAAAAAGCACCGCCUGGUCCAAGACUGUGUCAUUUGUGUGGAGAUGUGUUCCAAACGCCCAAAGAGUUUUCGUCUCAUAAUCAGAAGAAACAUAAUCAAUCUGAGGUUAAAUGUCCACACUGUGAGAAAACACUGGUCUCAAACUAUUAUCUCUUGAAGCAUAUAAAAAGAUUACAUGGGGGGCCGAGGGAUUUUUCUUGCACAAAAUGUGGCAAAGCCUUUGCUUUUCAAAAUUGCUUAACCAGUCACAUGAGACAGGUCCAUAAUAAGAAAGUUGUAGAAAAGAAAUCUUUCACUUGUAAAAUAUGUAACAAAGUAUAUACUUGUGAAAAAUCUGUGAUUAUACAUGAGAGAUCAGUACACACAGGGGAAAGACCAGCAGUUUGCAAGGUGUGCGGAAGUAGUUUCUUCCACAAUGAAUAUCUUAUACAGCAUAUGAGACUCCACACAGGGGCGACACCAUUCAAAUGUCCCGUAUGCGACAGAGGCUAUGCCCAGAAAGGCAACAUGAAGAGCCACUUAAGAAAUCAUCGAAAAUCAGAGCUAGAUAGUGAUAAAUUAAGUAAAAUAAAACCCAAUCUUUUGAAAUUCUUCAAACCAUAGGGAAAUAUAUUAAUUUUU